CCCAUCAGCAAAUGCGAGCUGCUAUUCCACUCACGUCCGCCCCUCCCUCUCUGACUCACUGAAUCCGUCCAACAACAACCAAACGGCCCCUCCUACCGAUGACGUAAACCAGCCAAUCAGCAACCAGUUUCAGCCGCUGUUCCUUGGCUGGUUUCCUCCCUGACCUACUGUACUCACAGCUCCUCCCCUAUGUAGCAAAGACCGGUUUCCAUGCACUGAGGAUACGCCCACAACGUGAUAUACACACAACAACUCCACCCCUUGUUCCGGCUGUUCUAUUCACCUCCCGCUGCAUUUUCCUGCGCUGUUCUGUCUUUUUGUCUGUGGACCCGCCGCGCUGUUUCAAUUACCUGUCUGUACGCCACCCGCGCUCUUCCAAGCAACUGUACAUCCACCCGCCGCGCUGUUCCAGGCUUCGCCAUACCUCCCCGGGUUUCAGCUUUCAAGAUGGCCGCCGCAUCAGCCCGGGGUGUCUCCGCGCUCCGUCGCUGCUGCCUCCUGGGACUCCCGGUUUGAGACGAUCAUUCUUUGUCGCAUUGUCCAUCACCUGGUAUAACAGAAGUCUUCCAGGUUAUAUUCUGUCCUACUUUGUCACAACAUACCAAGAAUCCUAGAAUUUGGUACGGUUGGCGUGACAGGAGCUUGGUGUAUGCUAUGGUGAGCCAGCCUCCGGGCAGCGCCAGCCUCCUUUCCUCCCUCCAGGACCAAGGCUAAACCUCUAUGGAUAUACAGUCAUCAUGGUGAAGUUGGCAAAUCCUUUGUAUACGCAAUGGAUCCUGGAGGCCAUCAGGAAGGUGAAGAAACAGAAGCAGCGCCCAUCAGAAGAGCGCGUCUGCAAUGCUGUGUCCACUUCGCAUGGCCUUGAUCGCCACACUGUCUUGGAGCAGCUGGAACUCAGUGUUAAGGAUGGAACAGUGCUUAAGGUUACCAACAAAGGGCAGAACUCCUACAAGGACCCUGAUAACCCAGGCCGUUUGUCACUACCUAAGACUGGUAGGAGCCCAGGGCGGCCAGAGGGUGUGGACUGGCACCGGCUCUUGAGAAGGGCAUUGGAAGGGCUCUCCGAGCCAGGGGGCUCUUCGUUGAAGAGUAUUGAACGCUUUCUGCGGAGUCAGCGGGAUGUUGGGGCAGCUUUUGGUGCAGCUUCGGCUUUCCACCAACAGCUAAGGCUUGCAGUUAAGCGGGCACUGGGCCAUGGGAGAAUCGUAAAGGAUGGAUCGCUGUACAAACUAAAUUCAAAGCAGACAGAGGGCAAACAGGGAUGGGAAUCGUUGGCCUCGCUGCCGCCAGUGUGUCUACUGUCUCAUGAAAAAGACAAGCCAGUUGCAGAGCCCAUCCCAAUAUGCAGUUUUUGUCUGGGAACAAAGGAACAUAACAGAGAAAAGAAACCGGAAGAACUUAUAUCGUGUGCAGACUGUGGAAACAGCGGUCACCCGUCCUGUCUCAAGUUCUCACCAGAACUCACAGCGCGCGUUAAAGCCCUGCGCUGGCAGUGUAUCGAAUGCAAGACCUGCAGUUCGUGCCGUGACCAGGGCAAAAAUGCUGACAAUAUGCUAUUCUGUGACUCGUGUGACCGUGGGUUUCACAUGGAGUGCUGCGAGCCACCUCUCACCAGAAUGCCGAAAGGUAUGUGGAUAUGUCAGAUAUGUCGACCUCGAAAGAAAGGUAGGAAGUUACUUCACAAGAAAGCAGCACAGAUCCGCAGACGUUACACUAACCCCAUUGGGCGCCCCAAGAAUCGUUUAAAGAAGCCGAAUACAACGACUAAAGCCCCUUUUGGAAAAGGACGUGGUAGCCAAGGCAGAGGGAGGAAGCGUAGGAUGUCCUCCUGUACGUCGUCGUCAGAGGAUGAUGGCAGGAGCUCCGAGCGCUCACGUGGUGGCGACACUGCUGUACCCUUUAAUAAGAAGACAAAAGGUCUUAUUGACGGGCUGACAAAGUUCUUCACCCCCUCUCCUGAUGGCCGCAAGGCACGAGCAGAGGCGUUAGACUAUUCGUUACAGCGUUCACGCAAGAGGGGACCACGGAAGUCUGGACAGACAGACUGGGACAAUCAGGAUGUAUGGGAAUGCAACGCGGAUGGGGAAGAUCGGCUUGGAAUGGUUUCUGAAAAAGAAAUGGAACUGUUUGAAGAUAUCCAGCAGCAGGCACUGCAGAGAGUUGGCGUCAGUGGUCCCCCUGACCCGCAAGUCCGCUGCCCAUCAGUCAUAGAAUUUGGCAAAUACGAGAUUCAGACGUGGUACUCUUCUCCGUACCCACAGGAGUACACAAGGCUCCCCAAGUUAUACUUGUGUGAAUUCUGCCUCCGUUACAUGAAAAGUCAAAACAUGCUACAGCAGCACAUGAAAAAAUGUGGCUGGUUCCACCCGCCUGCCAACGAAAUCUAUCGCAAGGACAACCUCUCUGUCUUUGAGGUGGAUGGAAAGGUGAGCACGAUCUACUGCCAAAACCUCUGCCUUCUGGCCAAGCUCUUCCUCGACCACAAAACCCUGUAUUAUGAUGUGGAACCCUUCCUCUUCUAUGUGUUAACGCAGAAUGACUCUAAAGGUUGUCACCUGGUUGGAUAUUUCUCCAAGGAGAAACAUUGCCAGCAGAAGUACAACGUGUCCUGCAUCAUGAUCCUCCCCCAAUACCAGCGAAAAGGAUACGGCCGUUUCCUCAUAGACUUCAGUUACCUCCUCUCUAAACAGGAGGGCCAAGCAGGCUCCCCAGAGAAGCCACUCUCUGAUCUAGGUCGCCUGUCUUACAUGGCUUACUGGAAGAGCGUGGUACUGGAGUGUCUGCACUACAAUAAGGAGCGCCAGCUGAGUAUCAAAAAACUUACCAAACUGACUGGCAUCUGCCCUCAGGACAUUGCUGCCACACUACAACAAUUGCACAUGUUGGAACUGCGAGGGGACCGCGUUGUGUUGGUGCAUCGGGAGCAGCAAAUCCAGGCACACAUGACCCGCCUACAAGCCCGACCUCGACAGGUGGAGGUGGAUCCAGAGGCGUUGAGAUGGACACCAGUCAUAGUCACUAACUCGGUCGUGUCAGACGAUGAGGUAGAGUCUGAAGAAGAUGAGAGUGAAAGGCAGCAGGUCCAGGAAAACCAUCAGCCAACGUUGAGAAUCAUCACAGAGUUCAAGGAAAGAGACACCUGCCCUGUGGAUAAAAAGAAAAGCCCGCCACGGCCAGUCAGCUCAUCAUCUCCAGUGCCCUGUUUCAAAAACACCCGUCAUUUUCAAGACUUGUUGCCCACUAACAAUCCACCAUCAGGCAGAGGCCGACGAGGGAGACGAGGAAGAAGAGGUCGAGCACCCUGCUCCUCUUCCAAUCGCAGUGCAGACCUGUUGCAGUUACUGGCCAGAGAGGCCCCAGGACCUCCUAGGCGAAAUGGGGAAAGAGGACGUUCUGGCUCUCGGAGAGGAAGGCUGAAGCGGUUGGCAGAUUCUGUGCUGCGAAGGGACUUUAUGGAACAACAGGAAAGACUCGCUCAGCGUUAUGAGAAUGAGCGCCCCCAAUUGAGACGGUUUAGUGAGAGCAGCGAGGAGGAAGAGGACGACGACGAUGAGGAGGAUGAUGAGGGAGAGAACCACAGUCUGCGUUCAGAUUCCCCACCUAUACUUACCAAGCCCACACUCAAACGCAAGAAGCCAGGACCUCAUCGGAAACGACGUGUGAGAAGACGCAAACACCAUCACAACAGUAGCGUGGUGACUGAAACCAUAUCGGAGACCACCCAGGUUUUAGAUGAACCAUUUGAUGACUCUGAUGCUGAGCGUCCGAUGCCAAGACUAGAGCCAGAAGAGGAGGGCAACGGCCGUGGCGGCCCAUUCCCACCAGGCUACUUCCCCUACCUCACUCCACACACCCUGCUAAGACGCAGUCGCCAACUAAGCAGGAGGAGAUUAAACAAUGAGCAACUGCAAGUGUCAUCAGUACAACCACCUGUCUCAAACCUGCGGACUCCAGAGAAAGCAAAUGUCUUGCCCGAUCCCACUACUCCAGCCCCUGUUAAGAAGAAAGGUUGGCCUAAGGGUAAAAGCAGGAAACCUCUCCACUGGAAAAAACGACCAGGACGGAAACCAGGAUUCAAGCUCAAUAGGAAUCCACCUCCGGCACCAGCUCCUACACCUCCGCUUCCCGCGAGGCCAGGACGCAAACCCAGGAUACGAACAGAGGAAGAACCUCCUGCUGAAGACAAAGUCCCUGAGAUAAAGGAACAAAAAGAGGAGGAGGCCCAAGCAGUAGCUGAAAAACCUAAUGAAGCUGAGGAGCCUGUAAUCGCUACUGUGCAGCCAGCAUCUCCCUCUGAGAGCAGUAGUAGCAGUGCCAGCAGUAGUGAUGGCUCUUCCCGCGAAGCUGAAAAUCGCUCUACAUCUCCAGAACAACAGAGGGAGACUGGUGAAGAGCCACAACCUGUUGCUGAGGAAGGAGAGCCAGAAGAAGAGGAGGAAGAGCAAGAGCGAGUGCUGGAUGAAAAGGAGGUAGCAGUGGUUGUGUCUAAUCAACAGGAAGACCACGAUGCAGAUGAUGAAGAUGAAGGAGCAAAGGAGGCCGAUGAAGGGGCAGAAUUGGAACAGGUCCUCGCCCCCGAGGAGGAGUCUGAACCACAGAAGCCUUGUGUGAGAAGUAGUGAAGAUGAGGAGAAGAUCGAGUGUGAACAGGAAGCAAUGGUGGGCACAGAUCAACCUCCAUGCCUAGAAGAGGAGGAAGAAGACAUCUCAGAAAAGGUAGAUGAAGAACCUAAAGAGGAUGAAGAGGAGGAGGAGGAGGAUGGGGAAGAAGAAAUCCCGCACACAGAGCUAGAUUUAGAGACUGUGCAGGCAGUGCAGUCAUUAACACAGGAAGAAGGAAGUGAGCGUGAUGAUGGCACCUAUGGAGAUUGUGAGGAUGAGACUCUGACGGCCUGCCAGACUUUGCAAAGUUUUACACAGGCAGAGGAGGACCCACAGCUGGGUUUGUCAGACGAAUGCCAUCCCUCAGCCCAUGACAGUCCUAUAUCUUCUGUUCACUCACACCCUAGCCAGUCUGUACGGUCAGCUAACAGUCCCAGUGUGCCUCCAGCCCUGGAGAGUAGUGGAACAGGUGGAUACCCUCAGAUUAGUCCAGAUGCAGGUUCCCUCUCUGCUCCUUCUAUGCAGAACCUGGAAACGACAAGUCCUAUGAUGGAUGUUCCUUCAGUGUCUGACCAUUCACAGCAAGUGGUUGAUAGUGGGUUUAGUGACUUGGGCAGUAUUGAGAGCACGACUGAAAACUAUGAAAAUCCCAGCAGUUAUGACUCGAGCAUGGGGGGUGGCAGCAUUUCCUCGCAAAGCAGCUGUUCAUAUGCCAGUGGUGGAAAUAACAAUGGAGCUGGGGGAUUGCCUUCCUCUGCCAGCAUGGCACAGAAUGGGUGUGCUGUGAGCCAACAAAUGGCUGGAAUGGCAAGCAUGCUGCAAACCACCCAGGCCUGUAGCAUCAAAUCACCACACAGUUGUGCCUCAGAGCGUCCUCCUAGCAGCAACAACAACCAGCCGCCACCGCCGCCUCCUCCACCACCUCCAUUACCCCCACACCAACCACAGCCUCCCCAACAGCAGCAGCCCUCAAUGUCCCAAUGCAGUAUGAACAACAGCUUUGGCCCCUCGCCAAUGAUUAUGGAGAUACCAGACCAGAGUAAUAGCAGCAAUCUCAGCAUAUACCCAGGGGAUUUUGGGGCUGGUGGCUACUCCCAGCCCUCAGCUACCUUUAGUCUGGCAAAGUUGCAGCAGCUUACCAACACGAUCAUGGACACCCAUCCUAUGCCUUACAGCCACGCGCAGGCCGUCACAUCCUAUGCAAACAGUGUGUCCCUUUCUAACCCAGGCCUGUCCCAGCUCACUUCUUCCCAUCCUUUGGCGGGGGCAUCCCAAGCACAAGCCACCAUGACCCCACCUCCUUCAAUGAACCUACUCCAAUGUAACAUGUCAGCAGGCAACCUUGGCAUCCCACAUAGCCAGCGCAUUCAAAGUCAGAUGUCUGCCAAGGCGCAUAUCUCCAUCCGUUCCAAAUCUGCACCACUGCCCGCUGCGCCCUCCCCUCAUCAGCAGCAGAUGUAUGGGCGCAGCACGCCAGGUAUGCAGCCUACCACCCGGGCACUCACCGUCCAGCGAAGCAUGAACAUGGGUGUCAACCUUAUGCCCACCUCACCGUACAAUGUCAACACCAUGAACCCACUCAAUGCUAUGGGCGGGUACCGCAUGUCACAGCCUAUGGUCAACAGCUCAUAUCAUAGCAACGCAGCCUAUAUGAACCAGACAACACAGUACCCCAUGCAGGUUGGCAUGGGCAUGAUGGGUGCCCAAGCCUAUACCCAACAACCUAUGCAGCCGAACCCCCAUGGAAAUAUGAUGUACACACCUCCUCCACACCACUCCUAUAUGAAUUCCCCAGCUGUCCCCAAACAAACUCUCAACUCGCCCUACAUGAGGAGAUGAGGGAGGUACCGGUAUCACCCGAAGAGUUACCCCUCUGCCCCUCAUUUUCUCUUGCAGACUAUAAAUACGGCCUUUUAUACUGACAGGACUUUUAUUCCCUCUACCAUUUAUCCCUUUGCUGUAGAUUUAAUAUUAUGUUUUUUUAUUGUUAUUUUAUUUUUCCCCCUUGAAAAAAUAUAAUUUUGUGGGGUUUUCUGUUACUCUUUUCUGUAGAAAAAAAUAUUUUUUCUCCAUUUUUCUCUUUCACUCUCCAGUUUAUAUGAAAGUGUCGGUGGAAUUAUUCUUUCCCCCCCCACCCCCCCCUUCAUUUUUUUUUUUUUUUUUUUAAUAUAAAGAAAAAAAAGAAAAAAUAGCAGAUUCAAACGGUUUUAGCGGAAAAUCGCACGGAAAUAGGAAAGUGACAAAUCUUGUUUUUAGCAUUCAAGUUUAAAAAAAAAAUCAAAUUGCAAAGACAAAAAAAAAUGUAACCCUGUAGCCUUAUUCCGUCGCAGGCUUCCACAGAGCCACGACAACUGUAUACUUUUACUGUGCGUCCGCUAUCUCUUUUCUUUUGCUCAUCAUUUUCAAUCUCUAAGAUGAGGUUCGAAGGGAGAAAAACUUAAGACAUUCUGCUGGGGUGCAGAGGAGCAUUAAGCAUUAUGAUGGAGAUCAAGAAUAUCCUGUUUCCGGCAGAUACGCAGGAAGCUAUCCUUUCCUGUGGAAGUGGGCCUAACUGGCUGAAGUACACGCUGUGGUAUAUACCAUGAAGCAUUGAUCACCGCAUCUUCUGUCAGAUACAUUCUACAUCCGCAAUUAAUUGCGGACUGUGGUAUUUUGCUUUGGCCUAUAGCAUAGCGUGUAUAUCUUCCUCCCAACCUUAAUGCUCCUCUGUUGUUCACCUCACAGGCUGACAUCUCUUUCUUUUACCCUAAUAAUAAGCACUUAUUGCCGCAGAUGUAAGGGAGGUGUAUAGGAAGAGUUUGUGUAUGUCAUCAAAUUGAUGGUCAUAUUAUUGUCUGUGCAUCUCGACGAGUAUUGCUUUGUCCCCCUUAAAUCUGUGCUCAGAGCCCUGGUCACUGGAGGAUGAUGGGUCCUUGACCAAUAGGUAUCAUUGAGUGGGCAUAGGACAGUCCCCCCUAUGCAUCGUAUAAGUCUGUACAUUCUUAGGCUUGUGCAUCGGGGUGGAAUUUUAUCACUAUUAAUCAGAAGUGUAAAAUGGCAGCAUCUCAUUUGUUUGUAUUUUAAUACUCUUAAAUUUUAUUUUGUGGUUUAAAUAUUUAGUUUAGAGACCCUAUGUAUAUAUUAUAAUAUAUAUUGUCACUCUCCACCUGAUACGUUCAGAUCCAUGGAGGGCAGGCUAGGGUUUUAACCCCUUUGCCACAUUUUCCGCAUAGUGUUAAAAGGGAAAUACUUAUUACUAUAUAGUAUGUUGAUGCUUUUGACACUGGUGUUGACGAACGCCUUGUCAUAGCAAUAAUGUGUGCCUGCCACUUUGUGUGCCCGCUGAGGCAGAUGUACAAAAUGACAGUGGCUGUGUAACACUAACCCACUCCCUCACAAGACCAGUGCCUCUGUACAGAUAUUUAAUAUUCCCUCAUCACCAAUGCUCCUAUCCAACUCUUCCUCCCUCCAUGUUUCUUCCAUCCUCUCCCACACUUGCCAUGUUGUCUUCUAUAGAUGUGUCCGGUUCUGAUUAUGUAAGAAUGCAUAGACCAAUUUGCCAUACUUAUAACAAUGUCCUGUUCUUUGCCUGUGUGAAAACCAAUAGAUCUGUUUAAAGUGUUUAUCAGAUGUAACACUGGCAGGUGUGAUCGGAUGGCGGAGAGAGAGAGAUGUGACUAUCCAUUGUACAUGACAUCUGUUCUAUGGUUAAAGGAAACAGACAUAUACACGCAAUGGGGACAUGUAUACAUACAUGCAGAUAUUACAGAAGCAGUACAUUCUAUAAAUGACUCGCACAAAAUAUCACACUAGAAAAUCGUGGUUUUAGAAUUGUGAUUAUCUAGAUGGGUUUAUGCUGUGUAAUUCUAAACAGUUGUGUGCGGAGUGAUAAUCUGCUUCAUGCUGUAUGGCUAAUGCCGGCCUCAGGUGCUGCCUUCUGGGAACAUUGGCCACGGUGAACAGCUUGUGACCCAAAAAAAUCCUUCGGGUGGUUUUCGGACAUGUUUGAUAAUGGCGUCAGAAUGUUAUCACAGCUAUUGACCUGUGUGAGAGAGUAUGCCAGAUGUGACUGCGGCUGCUUGUCCAUUGUGUCCGCUGCAUAGCACCAAAUUGGACUUUGAUGAUUAAUCUGGCGCAAACUCCGUUGGGGCCAAAUGCAGGGUGGAGAUCAGGUCACUUAUCAGAGCACAAGGCAGAUGGAAGUUGUGUGUACAGGAACAGCGGUUUAUACAUAUCCCCCCGGGUCAUAGUCCUACACUCUCUGAUAUACAGACAUCAUAGUAUCCUAGCCAGGUCAUGCCUAACACAAGCUCCAGUUACCAGAGCACUGCACUGCAUCAUCUAUGUACCUACAUUUACACACGAUGUUCCAUACAUCGCAGGCCACUCUCAGCUUCUCAGACUGCCAAUUAUUUAUUGACACUGUGACUCCUCGCUAACUAAUGGUUAAAGGAAGGCAGAGUCCGUAUGAUAUGUAUACACACUCGCAUCUCUUCCCUCCGGUACAUUUCUAGGGUUUUAAUAAUGGCUAUUUCUAAACGGUUUUAUUCUCCUGCCUCAUAUUGUAAUUUUAUUAUUAAUAUUUUAUUUUUGUUUUCUAAUUUCCUUUCCUCCGGCCUUUUCUUGACGUUGUGGGGUACUGACUGCCCCCGUCUGGUUUGUAUGUAAUACUUUCACCCCAAGUUCCCAUUCCCUCUCCUUUCUAGUAAGUGCUUUCAGAAAAAAAAACUGUACAUUUUAACGUUAAAAAAAAAUAAAUUAUGUUGAGACAUUUUGGAAA